UACCUGCAAGACGGAGUUAGCCUGCAGAUUUGGUGAGAUACUGAUUAUUGUUUGAUCAGAGGUAAUUAUUACAUUCAGAGUGAGAUUUGAACUCAUAUAGUUAACAGACGUGUAAGAGGUGGAUAAUCUACACCAGGAAGUGGUACACACAGGGGUCAUUAAGGUUAAACCACACUUGUUUUCUUCACCCUGUAAAAGUGAAAGUAAAAACCAACCAGACGAGUUAAGAUUUUCACGGAAGAAAAUGGCUUCAAAGCUUGAAGAGGAGUUUUGCUGUCCCGUGUGCUGUGACAUCUACAAGGAUCCCGUCAUUUUGACCUGCGCUCACAGUGUGUGUAAAGCCUGUCUGCAGCAGUUCUGGGAGAGCAAAGGACACAGAGAAUGUCCCUACUGCAGGAGGAAGUGCUCUAAACAAGGGUAUCCUCCUAACCUGGCGUUAAGGAACCUGUGUGAGGUUUUCGUACAGGAGAAAAAUCAGAGACCUUCAGCAGUGUCUAAGGUGCGUUGUAGUCUACACAGUGAGAAACUGAAGCUCUUCUGUGUGGAUGAUAACCAGCCUGUGUGUCUGGUGUGUCGAGACUCAAGGAAACACACCAACCACAAGUUCCAACCUUUAGAUGAGGCAGCAGCUGACCUUAAGGAGCUGCUGAGCAUUAAACUAGAGUCCUUACAGAAGAAGCUGAAGGUCUUUGAAGAAGCAAAACUCUCCUGUGAUGAAACAGCUAAACAUGUGAAGACUCAGACCCAGCACACAGAGAAGCAGAUCAAGGAGGAGUUUAAGAAGCUUCACCAGUUUCUACGAGAUGAAGAGGCAGCCAGGACAGCUGCACUGAGGGAGGAAGAGGAGCAGAAGAGUCAGAUGAUGAAGGAGAAGAUUGAAAAGAUGAGCAGAGAGAUCUCAUCUCUUUCAGACACAAUCAGAGCUAUAGAAGAGCAGAUGGGAGCUGAUGAUGUCACAUUCCUGCAGACCUACAAGAGCACAGUGGAAAGAGCCCAGUGCACACUGCAGGAUCCAGAGAGGGUUUCAGGAGCUCUGAUCAAUGUGGCAAAGCACCUGGACAACCUGAAGGUCAAGGUCUGGAAGAAAAUGAUUGCUCCUGUGACUCUGGAUCCCAACACUGCACACCCAGAUCUCAUCCUGUCUGAGGAUCUGACUAGUGUGAGAGUAGUUAAAAAUAACCCACAGAGGUUUGAUCAAUAUUAUUGUGUCCUGGGCUCUGAGGGCUUUAACUCAGGGACUCACUGCUGGGAUGUGGAGGUUGGAGAGAACACAUGGUGGCAUGUGGGUGUGAUGACAGAGUCUCUCCAGAGGAAGGGAAAUUUUACCUCCAUGAGUGGAUGGUGGACUGUGUUGUAUAAAGAUGGUAAAUAUAGAGCACGUGCUCCACCACAGCCCUCCACUCUCCUCACAGUGCAGCAGAAACUCCAGAGGAUCAGAGUGCAGCUGGACUGGGACAGAGGAGAGCUGUCAUUCUCUGACCCUGAUAAAAACACACACCUACACACUCACACACACACCUUCACUGAGAGAGUGUUUCCAUACUUUAACACUGGUGUCUCUCCUCUGAGGAUCCUACCGGUGAGUCCUCAGUAAGAUCAGAGCAGCACUGAUGGAGCUGAUGGUGUCUCUGGCUGGACUCUCAUGAGGCCAUGGGUCAGAUUUGAACCCUGAAUGUGACACACACCUGAAUGUGGUACAGAUGCAUUUGCUCCUCCCCCCAGACUGUGUCACUUCAGAACAGAGUAAUGCUCUGCCCUGAUUGGAUGCUGAAGGUAAAAGAGGGCGGGGCAGAACAAGAUUGGAGCCGUAGUUUGGCUCACGUAACUUUAUCAUUAAUGUAAAUGUAAAGUUAUUAAAUUGAUUGAUUACUUAAGCCACUUAUUUCAAAAUGUGUGCCCACAGACACAGUGUGUGUAGUCUGGUGACCCGGUGUGAUAUUGACACAAACAAUAAAAU